UGUAAUUUUCAGCUCGCAUUCCCAUUUUAUCGCUCGUGCGGUGCGCAUCGGGCUGGUCGUCGUCGUGUGGCGCAAGUGAAACGAGUGCUGUAGAUCUUGGUAGUAGUCUCCUAGUACAUGUGAGAGUGACCGGCUCUAUCGUUCGUGUGCGUGCUUGUGAGGUUCUGUUUUUUGCGUAGUAAAGAAACACGUGUUCUUGUGGAAGAUUUGGAAAGAAAAGCACGGGGAAAGAAGCUCUGUGUGUAUUAUCGUGAAAGGAAUUAUUCUGCUACGGGGUGAGUUUGAGUCGGUUGCGCCCGGUGGUUUGCAGUUCACCCGCACAGUGUAAUACACACCUACGCAUCUUAUCAGUAAGCCACGGUCUCACAUACACAGAAAUGCGCGCGCUGACGCCUCGGGUGGUUUAGCUGGUGACAAGCUGGAAGAAAAAAGUGUUCCCGUGUGUGGCUCAUUUACUACAAACAAUACAUACAUAUGUAUGGAUAAAACUGAAGUACAUAAACACUUCGUAGCUCGCUUCAUAUAGUAGCUUGGCGUUAAAUUAUGGUGUUAGGGACGAGGAACAAGCAAAACGUUUGUUGAAAACAUUUCCUUCAAACACCCGUUGGUGUAAUUUGCCACGUUGCUGGCAACGUUUUUGCGCUUUCGGUUUAUGACUCAUUUUCGGGGAAAUUUUCCUUCAUUUUCAUACGGCACCCUCACUAUACGCAGCAUUCGAAACGCUUUCCGCUGAACAGGCGCCGCGAGCGCAAGCUGUGUGGCUAGGCAGAAAAGGCAAACCGAGAGAAGAACGCAAAAUAGAUGAAAGCGAACGCGAACAAUCAAGUAGGCAUCUGUGUUUUUUCCCUGUAAAGCGAAGCUCAAUUUACAGGUGUUACGAAACGCAUGGAAGAAGAAAGAGAAGAACAACAUCCACCGCGCGCGCACCUCCCAACUGUAUCAAUCGAAAGCAAUCCACCAAGGCUUGCUCAGCAUAAUAGUUGCGGGCUUUUUGGGACCGUCGAGUCUAAAACCCCCACCACUACAGCAAGCCAUGAAUUUAUCAUGCUGAUGAUGUGUGGUGGUGGAUAGAGUCCAGCCCACCACUGUCCUCCCCCAAAACAAGCUCCACAACAACACACCGGACGAGUACCGGUACAACAUGCGGCCCCAGGAGUAGUAGUAGACCCCUUUCAUUUGGAUCGAUUUUUUGGCCCUGAAAUCGAUGUGUUCGGUGUAAUGGGUGGCGCGCACUUGCCCACCCAGUUAAUAAUCUCACACGUGAAAGUUGUCCUCUGUUUGCGCUUGGUGGCGAAUGCAGUCGUUAGCGUGACCACAACACCGUUGAAUUUGCGUGACCCCGUCCGUUAAGUAAAGCUUUACAAAAAAGUGCCGGCAAACUGGUGCACAAUCAUGGCCAGGCAAAUCUUGAUUGAAAUGCUUCCUCACUGGGGAAGAGAGCAAAUUGGCAAACGCUAGAGUAAUGCAAACAUGAAACAGAUUCGUUUAACCAACCCCCACCAAAAUGGCUCUUUCAACGAGUGCAAAUUUUAUCAAAUAUUUAUUAUUUCUGUUUAACUUUUUCUUUGCGAUCACGGGUGUGAUCAUAAUGGCGGUUGGCUUAACCGUGCAAGGCGCUUAUCACAACUUCCGCGACAUUCUCGACGCAAAGUUCUUCAGCAUUCCCACCUUUCUGGUGGUGAUUGGAUCGUUCAUCUUUGUGAUUGCCUUUUUCGGGUGCUGCGGCGCUUACAAGGAAAACUACUGCAUGACCCUAACGUUUUCCGUCCUGCUGAUCUUGAUCUUUAUUCUGGAACUGGCGGCCGGUAUCAGUGGGUACGUGCUGCGCAAUGACACCCGCGAACUCGUGAGCAAUGCACUGAACUCAUCGAUGAAGAGCUAUGGCGGCGAGAACGCUGGUGACAUUACGCUGGUUUGGGACGAGAUUCAGGUUGAUUUCGAUUGCUGCGGUGUGUACAACAGUUCCGACUGGGGACGUGCUAAUGCGGCGAAAUUCAAUGAAACUUUCCUACCGAUGACCUGCUGCCGGCAGCAGACGGGUGCCGUCGGAUAUGUUGCUUGCCCGGAUCCCACCAGUGCUACGCUGCGCAAAACGGGAUGUAUCGAUUCGUUCGGUGAUUUCAUCAAGGCACACGCCGUAAGCCUAGGUGCUGCUGGAAUAGCACUGGCAGUGAUUCAGUUCUUUGGAAUUCUCUUUGCAUGCUAUCUGGCCAAGCAAAUCAAACUGCAAGGCGUCAGCAGCUAUUAAGGAUUGAAGUGUCCUGUCGUGUUACGGUGUAUUUUUGAACUCAUAAAAUGUUUGAUUUCCUGCUUCGAAAGAAUUCAUUGUACACACGCAAAACAUGCAAAUAUACUGUAACCAAGUUAUCUAGAUAAUA